AUGACAAGUUUGAGGACCCAUAACCUGAAGACAAGUUCGGGUACCUCAAAGUGCGAGUUCCCGGCCCUCGCGAGGGGCGCGUCCCGGGACAGAUUCGCGGUGCUCGUGCACGCCAAGGCGCCGUCCGACGUGGCGCGCGCGCCGCUCGACCUCGUCACCGUGCUCGACGUCAGCGCCAGCAUGAAGGGCCAGAAACUGGAGCUGCUGAAGCAGGCCAUGUGCUUCCUCAUCGACCAGCUCGGCCCCGCCGAUCGCCUCUCCGUCGUCACCUUCUCUCGCCACGCCAGCCGCCUGACCCGCCUCGCGCGCAUGUCGGACGCGGGGAAGGCCUCGGCGAAGAUCACCGUGGGGGCGCUCUGUGUCCUGCGGGGCACCAACAUUGGCCAGGGGCUCCGUGUGGGCGCCCAGGUGCUCGCCGGCCGCCGGGAGAAGAACGCCGUCGCCGGCAUGAUCCUCCUCUCCGACGGGCAUGACUCCUCCGGCCGCUGGACGAGCGUCGAGGCCGACGGCACCAAGGGCUACGCCAACCUCGUGCCGUCGUCAGAGCGGCCGGCGCCCCCGCGCCGAUCCACACGUUCGGCUUCGGCGCCAACCACGACGCCGCCGCGAUGCACGCCGUCGCGGAGGCCACGGGUGGCACCUUCUCCUUCGUCGGGAACCAGGCGGCGAUCCUGGACUCGUUCGCGCGCUGCGUCGGCGGGCUCCUCUCGGUGGCCGUGCAGGAGGCGCGCGUCGCCGUCACGUGCCUGCACCGGGGCGUCCGGGUCCAGGAAGUCAAGUCCGGGGCCUAGGGCAGCCACGUGGGCGCCGACGGCCGCGCCGCCUCCAUCGACGUCGGCGAGCUCUACGACGGCGAGGUGA